CAGUCCGCUGCUGGGAUCACAAAGCCUGCGGGGAGCGCACAGUGCGAGGAGGCUGCUGCUGCUGCUGCGGGGGCUCCCGGUGUUCCAUUGUCUGUCCCAGCAGCGCACCGGCCCCCGGGGCCAGGGGAGAGAGCAGCGGGGGAUGAGAGCAGUGUGAGAGAGGCCGGGGUAUGGUGUCCCCGCACGGACUGCCUGGAGGUAUUUAUUAAAAAACAUUAACAGCGUUUCGCCAUGGAAUUCCAGUUUGCUCUCCUUAUUGCUGGGAUAAUUGCGUUUUCCGACUCGGCAAGAGGUCCUCCGCGCAUUUCCGACAAAGUGAUUCACCGGCAGACCGUAAGAUUGGGAAGAACCAUUAAGCUGCUGUGUCCGGUGGAGGGCGACCCUCCUCCUCUUACCAUGUGGAUGAAAGACGGGCGCUCAAUCCACAGUGGCUGGACGCGAUUCAGGACGUAUGUUCAAGGUUUGAAAAUUAAAGAUGUGGAGAGUGAGGACGCCGGUAGCUACAUCUGCAAAGCCACCAAUGGGUUUGGAAGCAUCAAUGUCAAUUACACGCUCAUUGUAAUCGAUGAUUCCAGUGCAGGAAAACCCAACCAGCCUCCUGCUGGGCACAGUCCAGAUUUAGAAGAGUUUUCCAACAAGCAGUGGGCCCGACCUCGGUUUACCCAGCCAGCAAAAAUGAGGAAGAGAGUUAUAGCCCGUCCAGUGGGCAGUUCUGUCCGACUGAAGUGUAUUGCCAGCGGGAAUCCCCGACCAGAGAUCACGUGGCUAAAAGACAACAAGCCCCUGACAAAUCAGGAGAUUGGGGAGAACAAGAAGAAGAAAUGGACACUCAACCUCAAGAGCCUCAAGCCAGAAGACAGCGGGAAAUACACGUGUCAAGUGUUCAACAGAGUGGGACAAAUCAACGCGACGUACAAAGUGGAAGUUAUACAGAGAACAAGAUCUAAACCGAUACUGACUGGGAACCACCCUGUCAACACAACGGUGGACUUUGGCGGCACCACGUCUUUCCAGUGUAAGGUCCGCAGCGAUGUGAAGCCAGUGAUCCAGUGGUUAAAGAGAGUCGAGUAUGGUUUAGAGAAUAAGUACAAUUCCACCAUCGAUGUCGGUGGACAGAAAUUCAUUGUUCUCCCCACUGGAGACGUCUGGUCUCGGCCUGAUGGUUCCUACUUGAAUAAACUUAUCAUAACACGGGCCAAAGAAGAGGAUGCUGGGAUGUACAUUUGCCUCGGUGCUAACACAAUGGGAUACAGUUUCAAGAGUGCAUUUCUGACUGUGUUGCCAGAUCCGAAGCCUCCAAUUGCACCUGUUAGCGGGUCGUCCAGCAGUCUACCAUGGCCGGUGAUAAUUGGCGUUCCAGCCGGAGCCGUCUUCAUAUUUGGGACAAUUCUUUUGUGGCUUUGCCAGACCAAGAAGAGGCCUUGCUCCCCUCCCACAGCGACAGCUGUCCACAGACCGCAGCCGAGGGUUUGCAUACCGCCAAUAGUGGAUAAAGACUGUAUCUCCUCCAUAAACUAUGAGGAGUACGUUGCCCAACAGCAACAUUUACUUCCCCAAGGACCUCUUAUGGCCAACGGAGUCGUGUCAAAAAUGUACCCAAAGAUUUACACAGAUAUCCACACUCAUACGCACUCUCACGUAGAAGGCAAAGUUCACCAGCACCAACACAUUCACUAUCAGUGUUAACGGUCGUACUUAAGGAGAACUCGUUUCCUCAGCGGUACCUCAGAAACAGACUGCCUGGAUCAGCGCACACUGCCAGUAGACAUGGAUAGCGGAAGGUUGUGGUUAACCCAACGCCAUUGAUCAACUCAGAAAUGGAAUCAUGAAGGAUUAAAGAAUCUCUGUAAUCGGGGGACAAUGUUUCUGUUUUGUUUUUUGUUUUUUUACUUUUAUGUUGUUUGUGUUUGUUUUUUUGGGGGGUAAAAAAAAAAGAAGAAGAAAAAAAGAAGCACUGCGUUCCUGCGCAAGUGGGAUGUAAAUCGGUCACGGUUCUUCCACUCAAGGGUCACUCAAUAGUUAAUUUGUCACGCUGGGGCCUUUUUUUGACUGUCUGGUCAAGGUUUGGGCAUCUGAGAGGUUCAGCUCAGUGGGAAGGAAGCGGUGGAAGGAGCUGCUGUAGACAGACAGUCAUGCAUAACAUUAGAUAUAAGCUAGCAUGUUCCAGCAAUGGACAAUAUCAUAGUCUUUGGGUGUUUUUCAUGUCCCUUUAAAGUGCCUCCUUCCCGUGAUCAUCUUAUCGCAAAGCCACACUCUACCUAUUGAAGUCUCAUGUCUUCCCAGCCACUAUUAUUAUUUUCUAAGAGAGAAGAUAGAGGAAGGAACCCCUAAGACCUCUCUGAUCUAAUCUAACUUAACCCAACCGCUUAGAAAAACCAUGUGGAUAUUGUCUCCCUAGAUGGCGUAUACUUUUGAAAAGCAAUAUUUUACAGCCGAUACAAGCAAUAACAUUUCAGUGGCUUUCAAUGAUGCCUUAUAAUCAUUACUAUAAUGAUACAGACUUUACAAAGCGUUUUGUGACUAUAGAAAAUGUGUAAUUCUAUAUAGAUUUUAAACUAAAGCCAUGUAUAUUUAAUUUAUUUUGUUAAGCAGAAAGAAAAUGUCUAUGUAAAAUAUUAUUUUCAACAAAAUGUUAAUUUCUAUAUAUAUAUAUUUUUUGUUUUUUGUUUUUUUUCGAGUGAAUUUGUUCAGAUGCGACUCCAUCAGUGUAAUAAUGUAGCAAAUAACAAUGUCAAUUUAAAGACUAAAGUAUUGCCGUAUUGGGGGAAUGAUGUUGGCUAGUAAUUGGGAUGACAUUGACCUUACUGUAGUCUUUUUAAAUUGCCAACAAAGUUGGAGUCUUAUUUUUGUACACUUUUCUGUAAGAACAGUGAUCCUGACAAUCCUGUACAGAACUCUCCCUCGUUGCUAAGGUCAAAGCUUUAUCAGACAUUUGCCGAAUCCUAAUAAUCUCCGAGUCUUGCGUGUGCCUCUGCAGACCUAUUUACGUUUUAUCUAGAAGGAAAAAGAUAACUAAAAUAAACCAAGGUUUUAGUUAAAGUUUUUUAUUCUACAAGGGUCCAGCAGGAUAUAUAGACAGAAGCUAUUUCUCGCAGAGAGACUUAAUGCUUUCCAAAUCGCUAUUUAUUAAUAUAUGCUUGCCCUGUGGAAUUAAAAAGAACCAUAAUCCACAGACAGCAGUAGAACAGCGCCACCUAGUGGACAAAAUAUUGAGAGCCGUGGCGGGACUGCAGAGCAGUGAUUAUAAUAAAAGGAAGUCCUUUUUCUUGCCAAGAUAAACUUCUGUACUAUUCUCAAAUAGAUGUGGGUUUUUGUGUUGGAGUGUAACUAUACCCGUCACCAUCCCGGCAGUCACGUGACUGACGCUGAAAGCCCGACACCACUCUGGUAGACCGGCGCCGGAUCACCGACUGUCAGCAUUCCCAAUGUUAGUAUAUGCACACACUUAUCAGUGCCUCUGUAUCCUCAUAACCACACCCCAAAUGUAUACAGUGAUUUCAUGAAUUCACCUUGACCAUGCCUCCAAUCCAUAGGCUACACCUCUAAUUCAUAGGCCACACCCCUUAUGUCCGCUGAAAGAAGAGAACUGACCAGUCGGGUUUGGGAGGCUGGGUUUGGAAAGCUUAUUUAAUUAAUUAUUUACGAUAAAAUCCUACUACAAGAUGAUCUUCGGGGUCUAUUCAUGAAGCGGUGAAAAGUGUGGAGAAGUUGUCCAUGGCAACCAAUCAGCUGCUCCGUACAAUUGUACAGUAUGCAAAUGAUAAAUGUUACUUCAAUGCUGAUUGGUUGCCAUGAGCAACUUCUCCACUAGCUCAAUUCUCCACACUUUUCACUGCUUCAUAAAUAGACCCCUUAGAAACAGCAUUUCUUGGCACAAAACAACAAUUUGCUAAUUAUUUAAAAUUAUAUCUCCAACCCGAUUAAGCCAAUAAACCGGCACUGUAUCGAGGGGUAAAGCAACAAUAGAUGUUUGCACAUUUUUUUUUAGUUUAAAAUAACAAUAGCACAUGUUUCUUUCUAAUUGAGACAUAACAUUUUUCAUACCAUACGAUUAAGAAAUUACGCCAAAUGCCACUGCUAGUAUCUAGCCAAACAUAUGUAUAUGGUUAUAUCGUCCUCGUGCCUUAGGAUCUUUUUGUCUGUUUAAAGAAAACUACUGGGCUAUGGUUUUUGUUUGUAUAAUGAAAGCCACACACAGAAUAAUAAUGUUUCACCUUUCACUCAUUUCUAAUAAUAAUUUAAAAAAAAAUGUACAUUGUUAUUUGUGUUUACAUUUUUCCAGUAGCCGCACAUGGUAUCAGCAGCCAUGUUGUGAGGUGAUCCCACUAUCAAUGCAUACCUUCCAACAUUUCAUCCCCCCAAUACAUCCACCUUUGUGUAAUGCAUGCCCUUUUAAAGCUCUGCAAAUCUGGGCCGCCCUGCCGAAAAACAAGGUAUGUUCAUAAGACUGCAGCCUCAAUACAGAUGUGUCCUCAUGCAUGCAUGCCAAACAGCCACUCUUGGCAGGCCAGGUCCCCCGUGACGCUGCUAGCACUGGAUAUCUCUUUCACUGCUUUAUUGCCCGAUGUGUGUCUUAUCUGCUAUGUGCUCUCCUGGGAGACUGCACCAAUUAAUUUGAUUUGCAACGUAUCAGUUGUGUGAGUCUGCAUCUGUUUACGAAGUGCUACAAUGCAGCGGUCAUGGGAUUUUUCCACGCCAAGUUCCAUUGUGCUUCAUAUACAAAUUCAGUCACACACAAAUAUACAAGUGCUGCACAUCAAAUUGAUCAGUACAGUCUCUUGGUGUGUCCUAGUCGCAACGCAUUGCGAACAAGACGCAUUUUCAAACAAAAAGUCACCCGGCGCCGGCUGAGUCACACAGGACCUGGCGGCUCACUAGUGCACAGGCGUCUCACAUUGCAUGGCAUAUUGAGGCUUGAUGUAUGAGGACACAUGGGGCUGGAUGUGAUGCAGUGCGAGACUGCAGGAGCUCCGAGUGCUGGACAAACCUGUACGUUUUUAUAAAGCGCCAAUCAUUUAUAAGGCAAAACCAACUUUGUAAAUGAUUGCCGCUUAAAAAAAAAAAAAAAAAAGUACAAGUUUGGCUGGAAUCUCGAAGCUUCGGCCGUCUUGCACUGCAUUACAUACGGCCCAUGGUAUUCAUUCCUAGAGAAUUAUUAGUCUACAGCCUAAUAUUGGCCCAGCGCACAAGAUGGCUGCUGAUGUGGAUUGCAGGCAAGUUCUCAACCUCAAAUAUGUGAAUAAAAUCUCCUCAGACAUUCUAAACUGGUGAGUAAAUCCAGGACGACCAGGCCAUUGUACGUUUGCCUAGCAUGGUCUAAUGGGUUGUUACAUAUUUUUAUUUCCGUAGUGAGAAUUCUCACAAGACCCUUUUCCAAACCUAUUCAGUAAAGCCAGUUAUUAAAUAUUAUGCUGCAUUCACACCGCAAAUGCCGGGUCCUACCCGGUAAGACAAACGUGUACUUACCGGGUGGGAUCCGGCAUUUGCGCUCCGUUGCAGGCUUCCCGACCCGGCAAUAUACCGGGUCGGUUGCCAUGACAACGGAGGCCGCAGCAGCAGCAGGGGCGGGGGUGGAGGCGGCGUCGGGAGAUGAGCUCAUCUCCAGCGCCGCCUCUCCCUAUCUUGUGAAUGGGAACCGUGUCGCAUCGACACGGCUCCCAUUCACACCGCACCUGACCCGGUAAUCAACCCGGGUAAAACCCUUCUUUUUUACCGGGUUGAUUUACCGGGUCAGGCGACCCGCUAAAUCGCCCAGUGUGCUUUCACAUCGCACACUGACCCGGUUCGACACAGCAAUAUGCCGUGUCGGUACCGGGUUAUUUGUGCGAUGUGAAAGGGGUAUUAGUUUCAACCGCGUACACCAUCCAUGAAACAUAUGGAAACAUUCAUCUAAUUUUGUUAGGUGUGUUUGUACAGAUAAAAUAAAUUCCCAACUUCUGGGCAGAAUAUCUUUUUAUAAGAUUUUAUUUUUGGUAAUGACAAAGUUUUUUUUGUUUUUGUGUGUGCGUGUGUAAAUGGUCGUGUUUUAUCUAAUGAAGCUAAAUGCCUUAUAAUAAAUCCUGUGUAAUAAUCGCCCUUUUUAUGUCAUUUUGUUUUUGCAUCUAGACAUGUAAAAGUGUAUAUUAUACAUUUUUGUAUAGUAAGAUGUGUAUAAAAUGUGCCAUAUGGAGCUUUCAUAAAAUCUGCUUAUGGUUCA